UAACCUUUGUUUAUGUUGUUAAAAUGAAACCGUCUAUAGAUUGACGGAAAUGGUGGUUACCAUGGCAACAGUCCCUAAAGGCUUUAACUGUUUAUUGGCUUCGGCUAUGUCCAUGUAAAGUAGUAGUUUGGCCUACUAUGAAAAAGUGAGCUUCAGCACCGGGAGCUGUCCACACUCCUCACAGUAAUGAUGCUGAAAGAGUCCCUCCUCCAAACUUACUCAUUGAACUCAUGCCUAACGUUACACUUUUGCUAUUCCCACCCAGUUUAUUCCCACCGUGUUUAACUGGUGCUUCUGCACUUAUCUACAACACACAGCCUCCCGUGCAACCUGUUACAGAGAUUUACAAACACUACUGAACAAAAGACAGCGGUGCGCCUCACACUCCGCCUAAUGCUCAUCUCUUUUGUUCUGUUUAAAAACGAGAAGUCAGAAAUCAUGCCGCCGUGACUCACGCGCAACGUGUGGACCACGAAAGACUACGUGUAUUGAUUGACAGGAGCGUUGUACAACACGCGAUGUGAAGCGCUGAGUCGAGCAGCUGUGGAAGAUGACAGCGGAACCCGUGUGAAAGACGCUGUACCUCAUUGUGUCGUGUUUAUCAAGACGGCGUUGGGUUAACAGAGACGACGCGUUUCGUGCGUAACGGGAGACCUUUGUCAAGUCUGUGUCCUUUCUUCUGGACGUCGAUUUAGCGGCAAGACUCGUCCUUUGACGCCGAGCAUCACUACAUGUCUUCAGGUUUUCAUUAGGUAGCUCCCUAUUGAGUGUGAAGCAAGCACUCUGCAUGAAGACAGUUUGCUGAUGAGGACACACCAGGUGUGACUGGGGUUGUGACAGCGCCCUUGUUGAUAUGGUUUGCAGUGAACAGAGUUCUGGCACAUCGGUGCCCAAAAAGGACACCCAGAGCCGCAAGAAGAGGAAAUCACGUCCUCAGGGUCUGCCCUCUCCGGCCCUCUGCUGUGCAUGUGGAUUGUGCAUUAUGUUGGCGGGCAUCAACAUCACCUUAGUGGGCGCCUUCGCUUUUAGCACGCUCGUGCCCUCAAGCAAUCCUCCGAUUAUCAUUGGACCUAUACUGUUGCUGGUGGCGUUCUCAUUCUUUGGGGCUUGUUGCAUUUGCAGUCGGUUGCCUCCUCCUCAAAGUUCUCGUCGGGCUAAAGGAGGUGGCGGUUUGGGAUUCAUGGGCCGAGGAGGAGGUGGGUUGGGUGGAGGUGCGGCGUUUGAGAUCGAGACCAGCGAGCAUACGAUUCAGGACACUACGGCCGUGCAGCUCAGCCCCACCAACUCCCCCUGCUCCUCCCACUCCUCCAGCCCAGAGAGAGAGGCUCCGGCCACUACUGCCAAUCCAACCGUUCCUGCCCCGGAGUAUGUUCCUCCUGCAAGAUCCUGCAAGCUCUUUACUAUGGAAGCCAAUGGACCCAACUCAACUUUGGCAGCAUUUUCUGCUUCAACAGGAGGUGGAGGGGCGGUCCGGCUCACCUUGCCUUCAGAUUGCGUCGCCACUUAAGGGUGACGCUUAAGGCUGACCUCCUGAGAAGCACUGAAGCACUGGCAUUACGUUUAAAUAUGUCUUCAGAUGAAAAGAAUUUAGUUGAUUAUCACGGUUGGCACGAGGUGCAAAAACAUGGAAAUGUUGACAUUGUUUCAAUGGGUUGGUCUCAGGCUUCUGUGAUGGCCAUGACAUAAAAUUGACUAUGUGACAAGCAUGUGAAGAGCUUUGCAUCGUCUUGUGCUCUCGUAGCGACAGAGAGACAUCUUUGAAAGGUGAAUCACUGUGGCGUGUUCCACAUAUUCUUACUGUGCCACUGUUACUCAGAGCAUUCACAGUUACUGCGCUCCAAAGAGAUAGAAUCAGCUGUUGUGUAAAAAUGGCUUUGGAGAUGAGCCUAAAAAACAGAACCAGUAGCUCAGCAGAGAGACAUUACACUGAGUGUUGCUGUAUGUGCUGUCUAUAGUGUUUUAUCAAAACUGAAUUCAGCUGUUAAACUGUCGGAAAUUAAAAUGUUGUAUGUUUUCUUCUUAAUAUGUAGCCUGCUUGGCUGGAAUUCGUAUGUUUAAGAGCUCGUACACACCGGGAUGAUAAUCGCACGCGUUUAUCGCUAGCGUAUUUCGAGACGUUUUUCAACGUUCGUUUUCACUGGCGAUGAGCCAAGUGAACGUGCAAAUUCACUCCCUGACAUAGAUGGCGCUUAAUGAAAAACAGAAACACUCUUUCUUGGCGCUGCGUUGGCGCUGCGCAACUUUAUGCUUCUGACACUCACUUGCCACACAGAAGAAGAAUUCAUCUUGCUUCCUCUUCGUCAAUGUGUGCUUGGAAAGACCGUUUUGUGCGUGAGCUCCACCAAAUCGUGUUUUACUGUAACUUCAGCAGCUCCAGGCACGUGAACAAAAGCGGCAAUCUCAUUGGUCAGCCAGUUUUUAAAACAAAGAAAACGAGCCUUAUAGCGGGUUCACACCAAAUGCGAAUUAAGCGUUUUGCGCUAGUAAAUUACAUACAAAGUCAAUGCAAAGACACGAACUCGCGGCACGUCAAUCUCGUGUUCCGCGAAGGUUGAAAAUGUUUGUCUCAUCGCGUGACUCACGUGAAAAUAACAAACUUUUCCCGCGAGUAAUAAAGAGCGUGGAACAUGAUUGUUAGCUUUUGGUGUGCAGCCAGCAUUAGGCGUUUAAAAAAAGACACUUUUACGCCUGGCAUUUUGCGCGUCGGUGCGCACACUCACAUUGGCGCUCUUUGUUUAGUCAUGAGGUGUUAAACGUCGACGACAAACGCAUGCGAGUAUCGUCCCGGUGUGGACAGGCCAUUAUGGUGAUAGUCUAUGGCCAAGUGCUUUGAUUUUGUUGUCUUUGAAUGCUCAAAUAAGCCGUGACACUGUGUAAAAGCUCUGCCAAUUUUGAUUUUCUUUUCACAAGACUCUUAAAAAUUUGUUGUUGUUGUUAAGCAGUGCCAUAGUUGUGUUUGAGUUCAGUGAAGGGCAGAAUAAAAACAACUCAAUUUCCACAUGAAAAAUCAUUAUAUUAUGAUCUGUCUGGAAAAACACACAAUUGUCAGCAAAUGUGCAGGUGCAUAUCAGCGUAUCCAAGUUAAAUGAAUCCUUAAAUUAAAUUAUUGUUGCAUUUUGUUUUAUUGUUUAGAGUUUUGUCAUUAAUGAAUUGACAGCUUAUUAAUCUUUAAAAAACUGAAUUGUUUAAUAAUUCUGCCAAGUAAUCCAAUAUCUCCCUUUUUCUUAUAAUUGCCAAAGGCUGUUUCACCCCAGUAUCUAUGUUCUGUUGUCUUUCAGGCAUUGUGCAUGCCAGUGCUAGUCUUCUGGUAAUAUUGUGACAACAUUAGAAUAUGCUAUGGUUCCUUUUUUUCUAUCUUAUUGUUUCCCAAUUUUUUACUUUGGCCUAUGAAAGCAAGAACCAGCACUGUUCUUAAACGUGCCCUCCAUCACUGUGCUGAUGGUUCAAUACAAACCGUAAAACAAUUUUCCUUACGUUGAUUGAGUUCUUGAGUUCUUACGUUGAUCUUGAGUUCAGCUAACAGUGACUGCCUUUGAUACUGUCAGAAUUGCAAGCACACUCAAAAAAACAUCAUUCAAUUACCUUAUACCACUGAGAAAAGGAAUAUGAUUAAAUUAUUCUUUGUAAAAGAGAUAACUUAAACUUAUACUUCUCUAAAGUUUGACUUCAGUUAUCACUUUCAUCAUCUAAAAACUAGCAAACGGCUUAAUGUGAUAGUUUAAUGAUAUAAUUAUGUAGUGUUUCCUUUGUUAUUCUGUCACUGUAGUGAUUUAAAUGUUAUUAUGUAUCUCUGUGAUGUAGUGCAGUAUAUUUAUUCUGUCAAAUGCCUUCAUAUUUGUUUAAUACUGAACAAUGUGCAACAUGAACUGCAUGCUUACAAACAGUGCAAUGUUGCCACGGAAAAAAGAACAUUUCAUUGUUUGUAAAGAGAGGUUUCCGUGUAUGAAGUAUUAGGAAAGAAGAUAUGUUGGACAGUGGAGCCUGGAGACAUCGGUAUUUUUACAGACUCAAUGUCAGACUCUGUGGAAUAAUUCUUUCCACCUCUGUUUGUACGCUGCUACAGUAUUUGGCAUUUACACAUCUGCUGUACCAGAGCUGAAGGAAUUGAAUUCUGCCUUAAUGACUGUGAUCUCAGGAUCAAACCAGUGAGGGCUAUACAAAUGUCCAAUGAGAACAUUUGGUCAUGUGGUUUUACUGCACCUAGAGAGAUGUUGUAAUGUUUAUUUUUCUGUCAUGUGUGUUCUUAUAAGUAUUUAAGUGGUAUUUAAAUGGAGAGAGAAAUUCAGCAUGAUAAGGUUUGAUUAAAGCAUUGUUAUUAAUCUGGUUAUUAAUCUGGCCAUGUUGAUUAUAAAUGAUGUAGGCCUAUGACUUGUUGUCACUGAAACAACAUAGUUACAACAUUUUUUUGUAAACAUUAUAAUUAUACAUACCGAAUUGUGUCCACACAUUUUGACUGCAUCCUUUGUAUUUUUUGACAAUUUCUCUUUGUUCUUUUACUGCAAGUAUAUACUCUUUCGUCAGAUCCGCUCCGAAUGUUGGUUAGUUUGUUAACACACCAACCAGCUGAUGAUUUGAAUCAGGUGUUCUAUAUAGGAAAACAUUCUGGGGGGAUGUGGCGAGGACCAGCGUUGGGAACCACUGCUCUACAGUUUACGACAAUUUAUUUUUAGAAUAUAAAAUGACUAAAAAAAGUAUUUGGCAUGCCAGGAUAUACAUUAAAAGCAAGUUUAUAAAUACUUAUUCACAUUGUUGCUAAAAAGUUCCUACAAAAAGCGGCAUAUAAUGGGGAUGCCUGCUUUGUCUCUCUACUUGCUAUAGGGUUUUGGAUAGAGCUUUCAUUACAGAGACACUUUUAUAGACAAAGAACUACAGGAGGAACCAAACUUUUUUCUAAAGCUGUGUUAUAUGUUGAGUUUUAUAUUUUGUAUAUACUUUACUUCCAAACUAAUAUUAGAAAGAACUGAAUAUUUGUAACAUCUCAAAAACAGAUCCUUGAAUUUAAAGAACAUCAGAAAAAGAACCGAUCAUACAGCAGGAUUCUAAAAACACUCUACACAUUGAAAUUAUAGUAUAUGGUACAUUGAAAAUAUUAAAUGUAGUUUUAGGAGUCUUGAGAUUUAAAACAAGUAAAAAGAAGCGGAUUUUACUGUUGUGUUCUGUAGUAGAAUUCAUUGGUUAACAGCACCCCCAUUUGGCUUUUUAUAAAAUUGCAGGUCUAAAAUGUAACUACUAGUAAUAACUAACAGUCAUUUUAUAUUUAAAUUUGAUGAAUUCAUAACUAAUAUUUUUACAGAGCCUGUAGUAAUACACUCUACAAUUUUUCUGUGCAUUUCUUAUUCAUGCUUCUGCUUCUUUCAAGCGUUUUGCUUUUCAUGUUGUGGCGCGUUAUCGUCACUAGAUGGUACUAGACGCACAUUUGUUAUGCCUUCACCUAAACUCACACAUCGCUUGGUUUUGACUGGUUUAUUUCAGUUUAGGUCAGUUUUUCUUGUCAGUAGUAAUGUGUUUUAUAGUCUGUUAAAUUACUUGAUAGCAACAAAGUAA